AAUGGAACGCCCCGUAGUCAGUACGGGGAGUACUAAAGCUGGCUUUAAAGUCGGCUGUAGCAAGAGUCCGCCCUUAACGGCGGCGCGGGCCUGCGAGCGAAAAUAAACCAGCAAAUCCAAUUCCUCUCUCGCGGGGGGCGGGGCGGCUCCACCCCCUUCUGGUGCCGCGGUAGUGAGGCAGCGCGCAUGCGCGGUUGGUGACCUUUUCACGCGUGGCCGCAGCGGGAAGGGCAGUGUGUGGGGAGCGGCAGCGGCAGGCGCGCCAUGGCAGGGCGUGCAUUUCGGAAAUUUAUGCCCCUCUUUGACCGUGUUCUGGUUGAAAGAUGUGUAGCUGAGACUGUAACAAAAGGAGGCAUCAUGCUUCCAGAAAAAUCUCAAGGAAAAGUGCUGCAAGCAACAGUUGUGGCAGUUGGAUCAGGAUCAAAGGCAAAGGAUUUUUACAACUGGCCUGAUGAAUCCUUUGAAGAAAUGGACAGCACGCUUGCUGUUCAACAGUAUAUCCAACAAAAUAUAAGGGCAGACUGUUCCAACAUUGACAAAAUUCUUGAACCUCCUGAAGGCCAGGAUGAAGGUGUGUGGAAAUACGAGCAUUUAAGACAAUUUUGUCUCGAGCUCAAUGGACUUGCUGUCAAGCUUCAGAGUGAGUGCCACCCAGACACAUGUACUCAGAUGACAGCAACUGAGCAAUGGAUUUUUCUUUGUGCUGCCCAUAAAACUCCCAAAGAGUGCCCUGCCAUAGACUACACCAGGCAUACACUUGAUGGGGCUGCAUGUCUUCUGAAUAGCAAUAAAUAUUUCCCCAGCAGGGUUAGCAUAAAGGAAUCUUCUGUAGCCAAAUUAGGAUCAGUGUGCCGUAGGAUUUACAGAAUAUUUUCACAUGCUUAUUUUCAUCAUCGUCAGAUAUUUGAUGAAUAUGAAAAUGAAACCUUCUUGUGUCACCGGUUCACUAAAUUUGUAAUGAAAUAUAAUCUGAUGUCCAAGGAUAACCUGAUUGUACCAAUUUUGGAAGAAGAAGUGCAGAACUCAGUGUCUGGGGAAAGUGAGGCAUGAAGGGAAUUUGGUACAGAAAACUGUACUGAACACAUAAUUAACAUAAUUAUGUACUGUAUAUAUCAUUUUACACACUUCAAUCAUGUAUCCUUAUAGCUUUGUUUAGUAUACACUUUGCUGUGUUGUUGCUUUUUAAUAUGGAAAGUACUUUAAGUUAUUCAUGAGCUGUAUAUUCAUCAAUGUGGCACUCAUGGUUUUUAAAUAAAAGUAGCAUUAUCUGUUUAUAAUGCCUGUUAAUAAAAGAAUUUACAGUUCUGUAAAACUGCUGCUAAACAAUCAUUGGAUUACAAUCCUCAGAUAUCUGAUUAAAAAUGAGUGAAGUUUAACACAAGCCAUUUUCUAAUGAAGUAGCAACAUUAGCCUUAUUUCUGAGUUUAAUACCUUAAAUUUAGAAUCCUGCAGGAAGCUUCAUGUAGUGUAGCUUAAUCCUAAUCUUGGCUCUGUCUUUUAAAGAAGAGUACUCUUGCUUAAAAGAUUUACUUGUGCUUUUGGAUGUGCAUAUGUACUGCUAACAAUUCUGGUGUGUGUAUAUCCAAAUAUUAAAUGUAACUACAGUGUUAGUAAUGUCAAAAGGAUAGAUUGACUAUGUUAUCAAAACUGUAAUCUUGCUACGUAGGAGAUGGUCAAGUAUUUUCUAGACUUGCCUUUCUGUAACGAUGGAGGCUUGUUGGCAUUGCUGAGGGGAUGUGUUCUGUCUGAUAUAGGCAAAGAAACAUUUCUGCUCUUCUAUCUACAGCUUCUCAAAAGAAUAGCAGAGUCUGAAUAUAACUUUUUCUUGCCUAUUGUAAAGCACAUAGCGGUUUAUAUCUGGACACAUUUGUGGUUAUUGCUUACAGAUUAUACCUCAUGUUAAUACUAUUCAUAUUUACACUACAGAACAUAUUAUAAUCUUGUUUACUUUCCUAUCUAAAGUAUUUCAAAUGCUUUGAAAAUAGAACCCUUCCUACAUUUGUUAUAGUUUGAUCAUAGUCUGUCUCAUCACGAGACUCUUUCCUUUCAUCCAUUCAUUUGGGUUUCACCUCAGAGGUGAAAAAUCUGUGGUUGAAUUUCACCCCUUUCUCCAAUGCUUACUUUAAGCUAUUUGCAGAUUUGCAACAACUCAAGUUCCAUGAGUGCUGCUUAAUGGUGUUUGAACUGUUCCAAAUUCAAUAGAAUUAAAUGUUAAAAAAAAGCUAUUAUAGCAGACUUAUUAUGAAUAGUGUACAUGAAUGCAGAGUCUGAAAACAUUGGCAGUUUUCUUAUUAAAUGGCUUUUGUUUAGAUGUUCAAAAUAGUUUUAAAGUACAUUUGCUCUCCUCAGAUGGUGUGUGGGCCUUGUUGAAACAUGUCAGGGUAGGCCUUAGUGGCUGCUGAGUUGUGAAAACAAACAAACAGAGCUUUACCAGAAAAGAAAGUGCAUUAGUUUGACCCGGCUCCCCAGCUUUAUAGAUUGAGUGUUUCAGCGGGGUUUUUUGGUGCUUUUAUAUAAUAGCCAUCUCAAUCAACCAUUGGAGAAAAGUGCCAAAAAGUCCCACUGAAGUGCCUGAUCUAUAGAGAGGUGGGGUGAGCCAGGUCAAACUAAUUCAGUGCCUCUUCUGGGCGCGCACACUGCUCAGUGCAGGGGCACACCAGGCUGAAAGUAAAGUGGUUUUGUUUGUUUUCAUAUCUGUAAGCAGCUAGUGUGGCUAACUGUUUAUAGAACUUCCACUUCCUCUUGAAAUUUUGCUUCCUUGGAAAUGAGAGUUCAUUUAUUUUUAGUAGUUUAUUUUUUGUGACGUACUGAUCAUGCCUUAUGUAAUUCUAUACAAAAUAUUACAAGUUAAGCACAUCUUAAUUAGCUGUACCACCUGGAUCUAAAGGGAACUUAAACAAUGAGGAAAUGGAGAGACUGAGGUCUUAAAGUGCUCUCAGUGCUGCGUUUUUUGGGCAGCUAUUUUGUCUUCAGUUUUAAAAUUGUAUUUAAUGGUCAACAGGGUUAUUGCACAAGAUGCGAUUUUAGUGACAAAAGCUUUAGCCAUUGUCUACACAUUUAACUGCUGUUUGCCAUGUACAGGCCAAAUAACUUGAUUACAUUUGUAUCUUUGAAAUUCUCAGUAAGAGUAGAGGAUUGCAUUUUGGAGAUAGUAAAAUGUACUUAGCUUUACAACAAUCUGCUGUUGCUGAUUGUACGUCCUCAAUUGGGUUCUGUUGCAGUCAUUUAUGACAGCCUUAUAACAGUCAGAGUGACUGGGACAGGCAAAAAUCUGGUGGUAUUCACUGCUAACCACUCCUGUAAAUUUUUAAGAUGAACUGGUGCUCAGGACUGCAGUAAACUCUUAAGCUUUUCUCCUCGUUUCCUCUCAUGCUUUAAGAAUUCUAGUAAGAAACUUUGAACUGUUAAACUUGUUUCUUAUUUGCAUUUAGAUUGCACUGUAAAGUUAACUCAUUAUACUAUCUCUGCUGAAUAUAAAAAGCUUAAGUGAAACACUGGUUGUAUUUACCUUGCUGUUUACAUGACUACUCUGACCGUGUACACACAUGUGCCUGAAUGGUACUAUAGGAGUUCAGUUAGCCUAGGCAAACCAUUGAUUUGUAAUAAUAGUAAAUAUAUUAACAGUUUAAUUUAGUAAUUUACAUUCUACAUAACAGGGAAACAACAGUUACAUUGGUCCUUGAUAUAUAUUGUAAAAAGAGGUUAAAAUUUAAUUUUUUUCUUUUUCCAUACCAGUAUAAUUUGCUAAAUUUUUUUUUUUUUCUCUCUUCCAAGAGUACACAUAACUGGAUACUUUUCUGAUUUCUAAAGUAAGUUCUACUUUCUAGAUACAAAAUGCAUGUUGAGAUCAAAUAAUAUUUUUUGUUUAGGAUAUAGAAAUGUAGGAUUUAUUUCAAAAUCUAGGAUUUUUCAGCAUCCUGGAAUCUGGAUUUAGGCUUCUGCAAAUGAUUCUAAAAUACAAAGUAAAUUAAUUGCAAUUAUUUUCAUAAGGUCAUCUCGGAAUGCAAUUAUGCCAUGUUAUGACUGUUUCAGACAUUCAAGUGGCAUGAUUGUAAGUAAAGGAUUGUAAGCAAUGACUUCUUAACUAUUUGUUUCUUUGUGUUCAUAGUUUGAUUUGCAAUGCAUAUCCACAGUAAUUUUUCUUCUCAGCUUUUAGUCAUGCCAAUUGUUUGAAUUUAGACAAUGCAAAUCAGUUUUGAAUCUCUGAAACCCUGUUACAACUUCCAUUUUCUUGAAUAAGUAGCAGGACGUUGAUAAAACAGUUUCAAUUCACUUUUUCCUCUUAUGCUGGGAAGGUAAAAAUACUAAAAUACAAAUAAAAUCUGACUAGCUCUUAGCAGAGAGCUUCAAAAUCUCUCUCUGGUUUGUUUUGUGCUACAUAAAUUCUUAAAGUACCCUAGCCAAAAAUGGUAAAUCUAGUACAUCGUAAACUCUUUGUGAUGGGUAUAAACUGUGGCCUAAGCAAAAUCUGUAAGUACAUUUUAGACGGGUAUAAUUAUGGAACUGUUCAUCGUUAAAUUGAUGCGUUUACUAUUAAUGGCAAGAAAAUUCCAGUCACAAAUACAGAAAGGAUACUGACUACAAAGAAGCAAACAAAGAUCUGGUUUACUGCAAAAUCACUUUUCCCAAUUUGGGUACUGACACAUUAAUCAUAAACUUGUCACUGUAAAAAUAUU